CCUCUUGUUCCUCUGUUGGUCUCUCCCCUCCCUCCCUGCAGCCGCCGCCCGCCCGCGCGAGAAAGGUCAGGCCCGAUUAGCCUGCGACGGCGCUGUGCUGCUGCGUCGAGGCGACGGGUCAAGUCUCGCCGUCGAACCCCGUCCCCCGUGCCCGCGACCGCACCCUUGCCGCCGCCCCUUCUUCCUCUGCUCCGGCCUCCGGCGUUCCCCUUCCCCCUCGGCGCCAAGGAAGAGAGGGUUCACAGUCGCCCGCUCGCUCCUCGCCUGUACCCAUCGCGCGUGCAGCCGGUGAGGGGCUCGUGGGCGGGCGCGACGUGGGAGGAGAACUUGGGAUCCGCCAGCAUCCAGCAACGGAGGAGGACGGGAGAAAUCCUCUUGCCCUCCCAGUUCGGUUGUUCCCCGCGAUUGCCGGCUACCGGCGCCUUCAGCUGUCCGCGAGUUGAGUGCCCGCCACCUGUUCGACGGAAUGCUCGAGAUGGCUACUGCGAGUGACAGUGACCCUUUUGGAGACCUCCCCGACGAGCUCCUAUCGCGCGUGCUCUCCUUCCUUCCGGCAGAGAAUGCCGUGCAGACCUGUGUGCUCGACACCCGGUGGCGCGACCUCUGGAGGCGCUUGACCAGCUUGCUGUUUGUCUUUGAUGGGCCAACGUUUCCGCGAUACAACCGUUUCAAACAGUUGGUGAAGCUGGUCAUCUGUCUCCGCGGGAACUCGCCUCUCAUCAGGUGCGAGAUCGAUGCCUAUCCUGACGAUGAGCCGGAGAACACGUUCACAAACACCAGGUUGUUGAUUGACUACGCUCUGGCAUGCGAAGCUGAGGAACUCGUAGUAAGAGCAGCUGACAUUCAGUACGACCUACCGGUGUUCGAUGUGCCCCUUAGUCUCAUCUCCCAACACUUGAAGACCCUGCACCUUGAAGGGGUCAACCUCGAUCACUCUGCUUUGAACUUCUCAGGCUGCCCGGUGUUAGAGGACCUAAGGAUUCAACUUUGCAACAUUCGUGCAUAUGAGAUAUCAUCCAUGUCACUAAAGCGCCUGUGCAUCACCGAGUACUGUUUGUUACCGGACAAUGUCCGUCUUCUGAUUUGUGCCCCGAGUCUUAUCUCGUUGCAUCUAGAGGAUUUCGAAGGCUUGACACCUUUCCUUGAAAACAUGCCAUUGCUAGAAACAGCCCAUGUUAGCCUUAAAGAUGGAUGCCAUGAUUUCUGUCACAAGAACAAGCGUAAUUGUGAUGAUCCUUGCUGUGGUUGUCAUGCCUAUCCUAUCAACAAGGCGGUGCUUCUCAAUGGUUUGUCCAAUGCUGUCAAGUUGGACUUGAUUGCUUCACCUAAAAUGUUUCUCUACAGAUGGGAUUUGAAAUGGUGUCCCAUUUUUGGCAAAUUGAAGACUCUGUUACUCAAUGAGUGGUUUACGGCUGUUGGCCUAGUUUGCAUUCUCCGACAUUCUCCAGUCCUUGAGAUACUCACUCUUAAGCUUGACAAUACCGAGGACAUUGUAGGAGCAACAGGAGCCCAGGAAACAAAAACACAAUCAUUUGUUUGUGCAUGCAUUAAGUCCGUUUACGUUGAAUGUGAAGAGGUUGAUGAGGGAGUUCUUGCAGUCUUGAAUAUCUUAAGUACAUGCGGCAUACUUCGUGAUCAAAUUAGCAUCAAGGAGGAUCCACGUACGGACUCAGAUUAUUCAUCCGCUGAUAGUGACUCCUCUGAUAGCGACUAAGAUGUGUGAUCGGUCACAUUGUUCAUCUGGAGACUUCUGUUUCUCUAAAGAAUCUGCAAUGGUGGCCAUGUGUUGGCUGUUAGCCUGUAAGUGUGUAGUUCUUCUGUUUCUGCUUCCCAUCUUUGGUCUCUGCCGGAAUUUUGUCUUUAUGGUUUGUUCGGUGCAAAUGCAAGACGUUCCACUUUGUCAGGAAUCGACCGGGAAUCUAAAUUAUGGUUACAACUUUGCUAUGUUUCUAUAAUCCGCCGGGAAUCUGUAUGAUGGUUACAUACAUAUUUUGUAGAUCGUCAAUAUAUACAGGAACAGUACAUGCA